UGAGAAUUACAUUUAGAUUUUGUUUUUUUAGUUAAAUUAUUGUUCAUUUUGUUACUAAAUUUGUAUUUUAGAGAUAUUGUAAAAAAUGAAGUCUGCAUUGGUGAAAUUAUUACUAGUAAUAAGCUGUGCCGUAUGUAGGAAACCAAAACCAGUUGAACCUAGCCACCCAGUUACACAUCAUGUUCAUCUUGAGGUUCAGACUGAUGAGAAGGCCCCAGAGACGCUAAUUGUGGGCCUUUACGGAAAUUUGGUCCCAAAGACUGUCAAUAAUUUCAUAGCUUUGUGCGAAGGCACUAAAAUCGAAGAUAAACACUAUUCUUAUGUCGAUUCCGCUUUUCAUAGAGUUAUUCCUAACUUUAUGGUACAGGGAGGUGACAUUGUUAACAGAAAUGGAACAGGAUCAAUAAGUAUUUACGGUGGGACCUUUGAAGAUGAAAAUUUCAAAGCAAAACAUAAAAAAGGAGUCAUCGCAAUGGCAAACAGAGGACCAAAUACUAAUGGGUCCCAGUUCUAUAUAACCACUGUUGCUACGAGUUGGUUAGACGGACGCCACGUUGUGUUUGGGGAGUUGCUUGAAGGCGAGUAUACUCUGCAAGCAAUUGAGGCCACCGGAACAGACUCUGGAAAACCCUCAGCCCAAACAAUCAUCAAAUCAUGUAAAGUAAAGAAGUUGUAAAUCACUUAAUAUACUGUCCAUUA